UUUCAGUGGGCGUAGCUGGGAGUGAAAGCGACAGAUAAUGUAAGCAAGGCAUACAGUGCCAAAGCACGGGGAGGGCACUGGAGCCUACAGUAUAUAACGGGCUGAACUACAGGUAAGGUAACAUUAUAGCCACAUACGUAAUUCCGCAAUUAGACACCAGCACAUAGAUCCCCUCACACUGUCUUCCUUGCCCGCCUGUCUACAUACCGGCCAAUUGCGGAGGGAGAAGUGCAGCGAUGCAUCUUACCAUGAGUGGGUACCAGCUCGCGCUCUCCUGCCUUCUGAUGAAGAGCUGUCAAGCUGUCAUGAACGGCGCCACGGAAACGUUAAACGCUCAUUUGACCAGUCCUGACGUCGAUAAACCGAGUAGCAAUGUGUCUAUGAAUCAGGCACGAAACGGAGGAAGACUUUUGAGCAGUGAUGCGCUGAGAGAGCCGGGACAGACACAGAGCCAAGUGGGCUGCAGAGAGCUGCGCUCCACCAAAUACAUCUCAGACGGCCAGUGCACCAGCUUGAACCCAGUCAAGGAGCUGGUGUGUGCCGGGGAAUGCCUCCCCACCCACCUGUUGCCCAACUGGAUUGGCUCCGGGCCCGGCUACACUGGCAAGUACUGGAGCCGGCGGGAGGCACCGGAGUGGCGCUGUGUCGUGGACAGGACCCGGACUCAGCGCAUCAGGCUGCAAUGUCAAGACGGAAGCUCCCGGACCUACAAGAUCACAGUGGUCACAUCCUGCAAGUGUAAACGCUACACCAGACAGCACAACGACUCGGGCGACAGGAAGAAGGAUGUGGAGGCGGGGCUGGCCCAGGGCUCAGCAUCCCAGGGGUCAAAGAGGAGGAAGGGAAAGGGAGGGAAGAACGGACCGUCGGUGCCGGAGGACUGGGCCGAGGAACAGCCAAAAAACAACUGAACUGGGCCCUGCUCAAGGGCUGUCUCCGACGCCACUUCAGAAACGACCUAAGCUCCAACGGGAACACGGUUUUGUUUAGAAGUAGCCAGUGCGGUUACUGUGUUUAAUGCAGCUAUGUGGACUGUAGGCAAAGCAGGGAUUCCUCCGACAGUGCAGCUGGUUUGCCAAAUGCUGGCAACUGUCGAUAUGUUUGUCUGUGGAUGGGUUUUUGUGUAGUUUUAGAUCGCAUCAGUAUCACAUUUGACAAUGCACAGUGAAGUGUUCCUAUCACCAGCCGAAUACGUUGUCCGUACGAUAAUGAUUUGAAUAUGCAGAAAAUGGCAUAGUAUGUAAAUAAAUAGUGAUUAUAUGCACCAUGGGUUCCUUUUUAAAGUAUGUAAAGGAUAACUGUAAUCAUGUAAUAUAAGUUAAUAGAAAUAUGUUCCAAGAUUCAAUGUAAACAAUUGUGUCUCAUGUUAUUUGUCUUUUGAUAAUCCAAUAAAUAGAAUCUUAUUUGGUUAAAUCACAGAUUGCAUAUUCAAAAGCAAAAUAAUAUUUUGCUAACCAUCCAAAAUGUAAUACUUUGAACACAAAGCCACAGACAGAUGAUGUCUAACUUCACAGCAAACUGGAAAAUAGGCUUUUGUGGUUUUGAGCACAAUAGAAAUGUUUUUGUUAUCCUGGAUUCAUCUCUCCUCCCACAAACUACAGUGGUUACUCUUAACACAUAUAAUAGUCUCAGAUGUCUCCGUCAUUGUGCAACCGUGAAAGCUUUGUGUCUGGGUUUCACAGUUGCAGUUGAAGUACAAUUGAGAAUGCGCAUCUUUUGCAAAGGUCAUUCUCCUGAGUAGUGCUGUUGCUGUAGGACCAACUAGCCUGAUGUAUCACUGUAACUACCACAGAAACACUCGAACAAAGAACUGAA